CUCUAAACUCUCGUUGUUAAUAAUCCGUAAAAAUGGCGAUGCGCGUCUCCUUCCUCUCCUACGCUCCUCCCCGUUCCCUCUUCGAGAGUUCCAAAGCCCUCUCCAAUCCCCUCUUCUCCCUCUCUCACCUCUCGAAGAAGCUUAGUAGUGGUGGUAGUAGUAGUAGUAUUAGUAGGAGGAGGAGGAGGAGCUUUGGAGCUCUCUCCGCCUCGGCCAUGGCGGAGGGCUCUCCUCUCACCGUCCUCGUCACCGGCGCCGGUGGUAGGACCGGCCAAAUUGUUUACAAGAAAUUGAAGGAGCAAACGGACCGGUAUGUUGCAAGAGGCCUAGUUAGGACAGAGGAGAGCAAAACCAAAAUUGGGGCUGCUGACGACGUGUUUGUCGGCGAUAUAAGACAAGCUGAAAGUAUUGCUCCAGCUUUUGAUGGCAUUGGUGCGCUCAUAAUUCUCACCAGCGCGGUGCCAAAGAUGAAACCAGGGUUUGAUCCAAGCAAAGGAGAACGGCCCGAGUUCUAUUUUGAAGAUGGUUUCUACCCUGAACAGGUUGAUUGGAUUGGUCAGAAGAAUCAAAUUGAUGCCGCCAAAGCUGUUGGCGUAAAGCAGAUAGUUUUGGUAGGCUCCAUGGGUGGGACGGACGUCAAUAACCCAUUAAACAGCAUCGGAAAUGGAAAUAUCUUGGUGUGGAAAAGGAAGGCGGAGCAGUAUUUGGCUGACUCUGGUGUACCAUACACUAUCAUAAGGGCUGGUGGACUACAGGAUAAAGAUGGCGGCGUCCGAGAAUUGCUUGUGGGGAAAGAUGAUGAGCUUCUCAAGACGGAUACAAGAACGAUUGCUAGGGCUGAUGUUGCAGAAGUCUGCAUUCAGGCUUUGCAGUUUGACGAAGCGAAGUUUAAGGCAUUCGAUCUCGCGUCGAAGCCCGAGGGUGAGGGUACGCCGACCACCGAUUUCAAGGCGCUCUUCUCGCAGGUCACUGCGCGGUUUUAAGUGAAAUCACAAUUUUGUAUCUAAUUUCAAUGCUAGUCUCGGUGAAAGAUCCAGAAACACUCUUGGUUGAACAUUGCUGAGAGCCUGUGGCUGCCUAGUUAUUCUCAUUCCUGUAAUAUCUCUGUACCAUUCAAGUUGUAGCAAUUUGUUCUCGGAGGUAGACCUGUGUGAGGAUAUAAACUCUGGCAUCUAACAUGGAAAGGAGAGUAGCAGUUGGUGCGUUUUUUUUUUGUUUUUUUUUUUUCUAUUUUUGAAAAUAGUGGAAUAUUCUAUUAAUAGUGCUAGUGCUCAUAUGCCUUCUCAUUUGUCAAUCCAAUUGAGUAAUGUGAC